GUAGGUGGCAGCAAGUCUUCGUGUGAAUAUGAAGCUGUUUCAACCGGAAGAAGUCUAAAAGACUUUUACACUGCAGUAGAUUGAUAGUUUUGCUGGCAUUUCACGCCGAUGCUAUUUUAUAAACACGUGUGAAGCCAUGUCCAAAGCUAAACAAAAGCGAGCAAAAAGACUGGGGUUCCUUGGUAAAAAGGCAUCUGAACAUCAGACAAACCCAAAAGGGGGAAGAAAAGAUCCUGGAUUGCCCAAUAUUCGUGACUUUAAAGAACAUAAUCGGAAACAAGCUGAACUUCGAAAGAAGAGGCUGGAGGAGCAGAACCAAAGGCGGCAGCUGUCAAAGGAUAAAGAACUCAUGAAGAGAAGGAGUCUUGAUAGCUUCCAGAAAGACAUACAGGAGCGUCAGCAAGAGUUUGAACAAAGGGAAAUAGAAAUGAAAGAUUUGGAGAAACACAUCAGUUUUGAAAAUGAGAAUUCAAGAAAGACCUAUUACAGAGAAUUUAAAAAAGUGAUUGAAGUCUCAGAUGUUAUUUUGGAGGUUUUGGAUGCUAGAGACCCUUUAGGCUGCCGCUGUCGUCAGGUUGAGCAAGCAAUCAUCCAAAGUGGAACCAAUAAGAAAAUUAUUCUUGUUCUUAAUAAAAUUGAUCUGGUGCCCAAGGACAAUGUGGAAAAGUGGAUUAAGUAUCUUCGCAAUGAGUUUCCCACAGUGGCCUUCAAAUCUUCAACCCAGCAACAAAACAAGAACUUGAAACGUACCCAUGUGCCUAUAAGCCAGGCCACUCAGGAACUUUUGGGGAGCAGUGCAUGUGUGGGGGCUGACUGUCUCAUGAAGCUCCUCAGCAACUACUGCCGCAUCCAAGACAUUAAGACUACCAUAACCGUAGGAGUAGUUGGAUUUCCUAAUGUUGGAAAGAGCAGUUUGAUUAACAGUUUGAAGAGGGCAAGAGCUUGCACUGUAGGAGCUACCCCUGGUUUAACAAAGUGCCUACAAGAGGUGCAUUUAGACAAACACAUCAAGAUUCUGGACUGUCCUGGCAUUGUGAUGAAUUCAUCAAACAGUGAUGCUGCUGUGAUUCUUCGGAACUGUGUAAAAAUCGAACAGUUAGUUGACCCAGUCCCAGCAGUUGAAACAAUUUUACGACGCUGUAGUAAAAAACAGAUUAUGGAGCACUUUAAUGUUCCAGACUUUCACACAACGCUCGACUUUCUGGCACUACUUGCCCAUCGUCAGGGCAAGCUGAGAAAAGGUGGGCUUCCUGACAGUGACCAAGCUGCUAAGAGUGUUCUUAUGGAUUGGACAGGAGGGCGUAUCAACUACUACACACACCCUCCUGAAACACACAUACUACCAACCCAUGUCAGUGCUCAGAUUUUAACUGAGAUGAGCAAGGAGUUUGACUGGGAUGAACUGGAGAAGGACAACCAGGAGACAUUAGCCAUAUGUGACCCAGGAAGUGCUGAGAUGGCCUUUUGCAUGACCACAUCAGAAAUGGCUGAAAUGGAACAUGAAGAGCCAACAGAUUUUGAAUCCUUAGGCAUAGAUUCCCAACACACUGCUGAACCUGUGGAUGCAGAUGAGGAUCCAGAGUUUGGACAAUUGACUGUAGAUCUUACAGCAACAAAAACAAAAUCUGGUACAAUGUUGGUUUCUGCUCCCAAGACUGUGGCCUUGGAUAUUCUAGCUGUUGAUCCACUUCAACAGGGCCAGGCACUUCAGGCCGCUAACAAGAAAAGAAAAAAACAGCAAAAAAGAGCAGACAAACUUGCCACGAAACUCUCAGAUUCUCUCACGUCAGCCAUGAAUUUUGCCUUUCUGGAUAGCUGAAAUUAUGAGGAAAAAGCAAAGCUGUGCCAAGAGUGUAAACACAAAUGCCUGUUAUGUAAACAAGUUGAGUCAUUUUUAUUAGUGUGGCUCAAAUACCAUUAGCAUUCACUUCAAAGCUAUUGAAGGAAAAUUAUUAAACUAUUUGUUGAAACUUUGA